UUGAUUUCAGUUUAGUCUUUUAGUUAAGUCUGAAGAGAGAAUUCGUAUAAAUUUUAAAAUGAAAACGGUCGUAUCAAUUUGCUUCGUUCUAGCUGUAUUCACCUGCUCAGUAAUUGCUGGAAAACUGCAAAUUAUUGUGGAGGAAAGUGUCGAAGACUGUGAAUACAGAGCGCAGAGGGGUGACUCGCUGUACACCUAUUACACUGGAACAUUCGAAAAUGGAGAAGUGUUUGACAGCAACGUCGGAAGAGCACCAUACGGUCCAUUCACGCUGGGCUCUCGUCACGUAAUCGAAGGCAUGGACCUAGGCACGCUCGGUAUGUGUGAGGGAGAAAAGCGUAAACUGAUUAUCCCCUCAGAGCUUGCUUACGGAGAGGGUGGUUACGGUGAUGUCAUACCGCCAGAUUCAACACUGAUCUUUGAGGUUGUUCUCGAUAGAAUAAUACGCAAGGAUGAAUUGUAAGGAUGGAAGAAUGACUUUAACUUUAUGUGGAUGAGUGAACAGAAUGACAAAUAAAAAUACUUAUU